AUGAAGCGCAAUAGGGAGGAUGCUUUCGAUCAUUUCCACCAAGAUUUUCCGGAGACAAAGUCUCAACGCACGACUCCCAGUCCUAGCCUUCAGUCAGCGCUGCUGAACCCGAACUUUGCGGGUGUUAGACAUAGUCCGUUGAGUCGGGAUACCGGGAUAAGCGACGAAGAGCUGGCUCGUAGUUUGCAUGCUGAAUUGAAUAGUCCUAGGGUCGGUAAUGGCAUGAGCUUCAAUAAUCCUGGUGGAAGCUCGGAUCAAAGUCUGCCUAGUAUAAACUCCGGACUUGCGGGAAUGUGCCAGAGUAAUUCCGAUGCGAGUUAUUCUGGUAGAAAUUUACAUCCGAGGCGCCACGAAGAGUAUAUGCCUAGGGCAUCCCUUCGACAUGUUGGGUCCAGUAAUGGUGCUAGCAGUAGUUAUCUUAGCGAAUAUGAUGACGGAUAUAACUAUUCGGAUUCGGGAUAUUUGGAUAAUACUUUGAGUCCUGCGUUGCUCGGAGGUUUACCAAAGCCUUCGGCGACUCCCCUGCGGUUUCCCCACGUUUCUGCGAAUGAAGUUAUCGAACUCCUGGAUUCUGAUGAGGAAUCUGAGGCGGCCGUUAGUCAAUCAAGCAUAGGAUCACUGUUACCGGCCCAGGAUUCCCGUGCUGGCUCUGUACGACCUUUCGACUAUUCAAACUACGACAACCUCGCCACGACUAAUGGAUGGAAUAAUAAUAAUGGUGGUGGCUUUGAUGAUCCCAUAAUCGUCCCAAAUCAAAUGCCACAGACGCCUGAUCCUGCAACCGCUUCAAACGACAACGGCAACCAAACGCCCCAGGCAUCUGAUUCCAGUGCUUACGGUGGUAUCGUCGACCGGGAUGGCAAUCCACUGAACAGUGGCUGGCCCAGCACCUAUCGCCCCGAGAUUGGGAAUUACAUUAACCACAUCCGUAACGACCCCACCAAGACUUUGGAUCAACUAAAGACUCUGAUGGAGAAUAUUCGGCCGGACAUGGAGAUUCCUCCAGAAAAUAGGGAGGGAACGCCGGAUGAUAUGACGUACCCGCUCAUGGAACAUCAGAAGUUGGGCUUGGCGUGGUUGAAGGGUAUGGAGGAUGGGUCCAACAAAGGGGGCAUUCUUGCGGACGAUAUGGGCCUGGGAAAGACUAUUCAGGCUCUUGCGCUCAUUGUCUCGAGAAAGUCGAAGGAUCCAGAUCGGAAGACUACGCUUAUCGUUGCGCCAAUCGCUCUUCUGAAGCAGUGGGAACGAGAGAUUGAAAGGAAGCUCAAGGCGGAGCACCGUCUGAAGGUUAUCAUUCACCAUGGAAAUCAGAAGAAGUGUAGAAGUUUUGAGGGCUUUAAGGAUUAUGAUGUCGUUCUUACCACGUUUGGGACUAUCGGCACCGAGUACAAAAAGAAGCAGGCUUUGCUAGAGAGUGAGGAUCCGGAGGCCACCAAGAACGCUAAUUUCUUCUUCGUCGGGGAUCACUGUGAAUGGUAUAGGGUUAUCAUUGACGAAGCACAGUGUAUCAAAAAUAAGGACACUCAAUCUGCUAAGGGUUGCUGCGCACUAAACGCCAAGUUCAGGCUCUGUUUGUCGGGCACGCCCAUGCAGAACAGUUGUGACGAGAUGUUUUCGCUCUUACGGUUUUUGAGAAUUGAGCCUUAUAGUUCCUGGUCUGAGUUUUCGAAUACUUUCUCCCGUCCACUCAAGAGUAAGAGCGAACGUGCUGUUAGCAGCGCACUACUUAAGCUUCAGGCUCUCAUGAAGGCUGUGUUGCUACGGCGGACCAAGGAUUCGACUAUUGAUGGGAAACCUAUACUUACCCUUCCUGAUAAGAGCAUUGAAAUGGUUUAUGCCGUUCUGUCACCGGACGAGCAGCAGUUCUAUCAGGCUCUACAGGACAAGUCCAAAAUUCUGUAUAACAAGUACCUCAGGGCGGGUACUGUUGGCAGGAAUUAUAGCAACAUCUUGGUCCUCUUGCUUCGCCUAAGGCAGGCGUGUUGUCAUCCACAUCUCAUUCGGGACAUCGAGGUCGCAGAUGCUAAGAAGCCAUUUGACGAUCAGAUGAUAGAACUGGCCAAGAGCCUUUCGCCCGAGGCUGUUGCUCGGCUUAAGGAUCCUGAUGCUUUCGAGUGUCCCAUUUGCUUGGAUGCCGCGGAUAAUCCGUCUAUUGUCAUUCCUUGCGGUCACCAGUUCUGUUCCGAAUGUCUGGUGCAGUUACAUACUCAGCAUGUUGAUGCCGCGAUUGCUUCUGGGAACGAGGAAGGUGGGGCUAGGUGCCCUGGAUGUCGCGGAGCUUUCCAAUUGAAUAAGGUUAUCGAUCUCAGAACCUUCCAGAAAGUCCACAUGUCUGAGGGAGAGGAAGCUGCGCCCGAGGAACCCGAGGAGGAGUACGACGAUGAUCUCAUUUACGACACGGAUUCGUCUGAGGAUAGUGAUGAUGAUGGCGAUACAGGGAGUGAUUUGGAGGGCUUUAUCGUCAAUGAUGAGGAGGUGGAUAGUGACGAACAGGGCGAGGGUAGCGCGACCGUAGGUGCUUCCGAGGAUGGGGGUCAGGCACCUGCGCGAAAGGCUGCUGCACCAAAGAAAAAGAAGGACGUUAAGGGCAAGGGGAAGGCAAAGGAGAAGAGCCGUCCAAGGACUCUGGCCGAAGUGCGCAAGGAUGCUAUGCGCAAUGCCAAGAGCAAGAAGCAGUAUAUGAAGCAUCUUCAAAAACGCUGGAUUAGCAGUGCCAAAAAGACGAUUGUCUUUUCCCAGUUCACCUCCCUUCUAGACCUAAUCGAGAUCCCGAUCCACCAAAAAGGCUGGACUUAUCGUCGCUACGACGGAGGCAUGACUUCUACCGCGCGCAACGAAGCUCUUACGGAGUUCACCGACGACCCGAGCGUGAAUAUCAUUCUCGUUAGCCUCAAGGCGGGUAAUUCGGGUCUUAAUCUUGUCGCCGCCUCGCAGGUCAUUAUUCUCGACCCGUUUUACAACCCCUUCAUCGAGAAUCAAGCUAUUGACCGCGCCCACCGGAUUGGACAACAACGCAAGGUACGCGUUCAUAAGCUUAUCGUGGCCGGUACGGUCGAAGAUAGAGUUCUUGCGCUCCAGGAGGAAAAAAGGAAGUUGAUUGAAGGCGCACUUGACGAGAAAGCGUCUCAGGGCAUUGGAAGGCUUAGUUCUAAGGAUCUUGGAUUCCUUUUCGGAAUCGAAAGUCGCUAAAAAAAAUUAUAAAAUGGGGGGAAGGAAAAAGAGCCGGAAGAUUUGCAAAAAAAAGUUAUAGUAUUCACUAAUCCUCUCUUUUGUUCCUUGUCUUUUUCCUCUUUUCCUUCCAUUCCUCCUCCCUUUCCAUUUGUCAUGCCUUUUCAUAUCCUAUCUUCUCAACUCUUCUUUUUGUUUUCCAUGUCUCGUUUCCAGAUCCGGAUUUCUACUACUUAUACAACACUUCAUAAACGCGAGAAACAUUAUUCGGAGUUGGGUUGGGUUGGCUUACUUGCGACAAAUUUGCCAUUGAUGGAAUGGACGGAAUGAUGUUUUCUAUCCUUAGAGUGGGGCGCUUUCUCUUGUCUUUACUUUCUUGUCUUGCCUUGUCUUGAUUUGUGCGCUAGCUGGGGCGGGGCGAUUUACGGCGUUCUCUCUUUUUUUCUCUUUGAGCAUCCAUAGUUGGUACAUGAUAUGAUAUGAUAUGAUAUGCACAAGGUACAAAGUACCUAGGUUUUAACAGUA